AUGUUAUUUGCUAUUAUUUUAAUUUGUAUACUUUUUACCGUAAACUAUGCAGCUCCAGUACUAAAUAAAGAAGUAAUUCUAAAUAAAAAACAAUUAACCUUUACAAAUACAAUACACAUUGGAAAACAUAAACACAAUAAAAGAAUAGAAAAUAAUAAUUCAAUUACAAAUGAAGAGGAAGAAAAGGAAAGUAAAAGAAUUCGAAGAAAUCCAGACAAAAAAGAAUAUCCAAGAAUUUGUUAUUUUUCACCAAUUCAAUGUUUAUUUACAAGAAAUAAAAAAUAG